AUGACACUGGCCUCCCGCAUCGUUCCAGAUAGCAAAACCUGCCUUGGGAAUUGGCUUGGGGAAUGGCCGGGGCGACAGAAAGUCCAGAAGAAGAUCUCGCUUCUUGAAGCGGAUGACUUUCUCACUGAGAUGGGAAAGGAAUUUCAGGAGGCCACGCUUCCUGUCUCGAAUGUAGAGGACUCGUCGUUUUCCGAGGCCCGGCAUGGCCGUGUCCUAGAUGGCAGCCCUCCACGGAAGAGGCAGAAACUACAGCCAGCGGAGGAACGUGUGGCGCAUGAUUCCUGUGGCUCACUGCCACAAUCGUCGGUCGAGGCUUACCGGCAAACCUCCCUCGACGAUAGCAUCACAAAAGUAUCAAAAGGCACAUCGACCAAGAUGUCCCAAUCAGUUGGAAUAGGGAGCAUCCUAGGCCUCCUCAUCAUAUCCGGAUCCUCCAGAUAG